AUGGCGGUUUCUAAGGGGAAUUUAACUGCUAUUUCUAGUAUUUCGAACAACUACGUUGAAGUUAUACGAAUUGCGGCUGUUGUUGAAGCAGAGCUAACAACGACAACGAACAUGGAGGAACUUAUGAAGAAAAAGAAAGAAAUCGAAGACGAAAUCAGCGAAUAUGGCGAAAUACUGGAACAGCAAGGUGGAGUUGGUAUGACCGAAGCUUUAGUGGACAAAGAAGGUUACCCACGGGCUGACAUUGAUUUAUAUUCCGUAAGGAGUUCUAGGCAGAAGAUUAUCUGUCUUCAGAAUGAUCAUAAGGCUGUGAUGAAAGAAAUUGAAGAAGAAUUACAUAGAAUCCAUGCGAAAGCUCGAGAAGAAAAGGGAGCCAGAUACAAGAAGCGGACACCAGCAUUAAGGUUUCAGCUCCAAUUCUCCAGCCUUUUCAAAAUAGACCGAGUUGACCACGGGUCACCUGCAUUUACUGCCAGCUUACGUGUUGGGGAUCAAGUCCUCCGGUUUGGUUCCAUCUCGCGCACCAACUUCAAGACACUACAAGAUGUUGCAAAAGUUGUUCAGCACAGUAUAGACAAAUCCAUUUCUGUGACAGUGCUGCGUGAUGGUAAAGAACAACGGUUAACGUUAGUACCCCAGAAAUGGAGUGGUCAAGGAUUUCUAGGGUGUAAUAUUGUACCUCUAUAACUACCUUUGCCAGUGACUCGAUCAAGACUUUGUAUUUGCCAUACCAACAAUAAAAACUUUUGUUUCUUUAAUUAUGUAUAAAA